AUGCCUUUGACAAAAACAACAAUAAGCCAGAAGGGGUCCUGGGCAGCUCUUCCCACAGAGCUUCAAGAGCAUAUCCUGCGUUUUCUGCUCCACGAUGGCUGCAGCCUGGCUCGCUUCGCCACCGUAUCAGAACAAUGGCGGGCCAUUAUUGAACGUCACAAUUUUCAGCACGUGAAACUAUCAUUCUCUCGAGUCCCCCAACUCGGUUCCAUGACGGUCCGCGCACAAGCUCUCGUCAAGAGCAUCUGGCUUACCUUUGAACUCAGAGAGUACGGAUGCUCAUGUCACAGGAGCCAGCGCACUUUCGAGACAUAUGGCCUAAGGAAGAAGGAGAGCCUCCUGCGAAAAGCAUUCAGGGCCCUGUUCUUGACCCUCGGCGAGUGGGAUCCCCAGGGCGAUUUGAAGCUGGAUCUCACGAUCCACUCACCCAGCGACUCACAUUACUGGUUCAAGUAUCUUUCAUUUGAGCCCGAUUUCCCCGUGCCGCCCAGCCAGCCAUCUUUUGUGUUACCAAAUGACCCUGCACAUGGCUGGGUUUAUGGGAAACUAACUUCGGCUCCCAAGGCCUCGGCUCUUAGAACAGUGUUCGAGUCGAACCCCAUAGAUACUACUGGCCUUCUCCGGGUUGAGAAUCAAUGGUGGAACGGAUUACCCCAGGUCCCAGCUGUAAAGACUUUGAUCAUACGUCUGCAGAACCGCCGCCAAUGGAGCCCGUCGAUGCUUGCUGCUAUGCUACCACGUCUUCCUAGUAUUGAGGAAUUCUAUUACGAGCCUUGGAGAGCUUGGGACCCCAGCAGACAGGCAGAUACUGACGAGCUUUACUGCUCGUUUUUCGAUUCCCUCGCCAUGUCCACGAGUUUAAAGAAGCUGGUCGUGUUUGAAAAUUUUGACGAGCAGUAUGCCUUGGCCUUUAAACGCUGCCAAAGAAUGCGAGAGGUCUGCUUGAAAGUCACUCGGGCACUCUUCAAGGCUAGCCUGGAGUUGGAGCAUCUUUCGGCAUCCUUCGUCACUGGCGCAGACCAUUUUCUCCAGGCUGUAGAGCCGGGCUGGAAGUGGCCUCACCUACAAUCUUUGACGCUUACAUCGACCCUGCUGGAUGCUCAAUCAAAUCCCGGUACGGUGAACACCAUGCUUCAGGCAGUAGCAUCAACUGCUCUGUCGCGCAUGCCAAAGCUCAGGACAUUUGAAGUCUGGCACGGACGCGUCGGAUCGGCUGCCCUCUUCAGCUACCGGGUCGAUGAACACGGUUAUACAAGAAUCAGCUGGAAAGCCACCUGGAGACUCACCUUGGAUUCCUGUGUGAUUAAAGGCUGGGAGUCCGUGGCCCGCGCCCACGGCCAUACUCCGGAUUUCCGGGUUCACGAGUUCGUGGAUGAGACGGCCAAUAUUCAUUCUCACGCCGAUGCAAUCUGCUUUCUAGGAAUGUCCAAGGUCCUCCGACCCGUCUCGCUGCAACAAAUUCUAAGAGCGCAUGAGAUACGACGCGAGGGGAUACCUCGGGAGCUUGCCAUCAACAAUCCUCCAUCCACUUCCCUAUAA